AGUUCAAUAUUAUCGCGCGCCGUCACUACUAGACGCUUGUACUUUUUUCUUGAACUAGAAAAAAGAACGCUUAGGUCGCUGAUUGGCCGGGUAAGGCGUCCUCUUAUUAAGAAGAAAUAGACGGCCAGUGUUCACAAGGAGGAUGUCGGCUCAAGAUGAAGUUUCGGUGGCUGAUGAGGACUUUUCUAACCCGAAAGUGGAUGGAGAGGAGGAAGAGAAAUUGGACGAGAGAGUAAAAAUGGUUCUUUUAGGAAGGCUGGAAAAUCUACCAUCCCUAGCAAAUAGGAUUGUUCGAAUUUUCACCUCGUCUACUUUUACUGUUGUAGGUUGCUUUAUUCAUCACUCUGAGCAAAGAUACGACGACGGAAAGGAAUGCUCUUAUGGCAAACGUCUAUCCAAAGUUAAAGGAUCUUUGUAGAGAGAAAUAUGGUUUAGAAUUUCAAGUUGUUGAUAUGAGGUGGGGAGUUAGAGAUGAGGCAACAGACGAUCAUAUGACAACCGAAUUGUGUAUGAAAGAGAUAGAAAAUUGUCAAAGAUUAUCGAUGGGACCAAAUUUCGUCGUUUUCCUCGGGCAAAAGUACGGCUAUAGGCCUAUACCAACGUUGAUAAAGUCAAAGGAUUUCGAGAAGAUACGCAGCGUAAUUUCAUCUAGCGGAGAACCGGAGGAAUUGGAAUUAAUGGAUAAAUGGUACAAAGUUGAUAAUAAUUGCGUUCCACCGGAGUACAUUUUGCAGCCAAUUAGUUCUAUAUUGACGAAUUUCAACAAUAAAAGACUACAAAAAUUAAUGGAAGCAGACCAAAAUGCUUGGUGGGAAAUUUUAGCUAAAUUGCAAAAAAUCUUGAGAAAAGCCGUUCAAGUUUUAUUUGCCGCCAAACAAAUAUCUAAAGAAGAACUUCAUAAUUAUUACAUGUCCGUUACCGACAGAGAAGUUAUUAAUGGAAUUCUUACCGCUAAAGAUACUCAUGCCCAUUGUUUAGCCUACCUUAGAAGAAUUAAUAAUUUGAACUUGAAUAUGAUCAAAUAUGCUAGGAAUUUUAUUGAUAUGAUUGGAAAAGAUAAGGAUGGCGAAGCUCAAAAAUUGUUAUCAACUUUGAGAGAUGUUAGGUUACCUCAAAAAUUAGUUAAAGAGAAUAUUGCCGAUUUUAGCGUUGAAUGGAGCGGUAAAGAAGGCAUUGAAAGGGAAACUCAUCAGGAUUAUUUGAAUGAAUUUUGUGAUCACUUUUACAAGAACGUAACAAGGCUUAUAGAGAGUGCUGUUGAAAAUUCUCAAUCUUUAUCAUCUGAAGCCGUCUAUGGUGAACAGUUGCAACACUUACACACUUGCGCCAACUCUUGUCAGUUCUUCUUGGGCCGAGACGAAAUUCUAAAUAGAAUUAAGGACUACGUUCAGUCCGAAUCCCAUGAACCUUUUGUUCUGUUUGGAGACAGUGGAUGCGGAAAGACAUCGAUUCUAGCCAAGGCCUACAGCCAACUUCCUCUAUGGUUAAAUGCUCAAUAUCCACAGUUGAUCCUUAGAUUUUUAGGAACUUCUCCGGAUUCUUCUAGUAUUCUUCCAUUACUUAAGAGUUUAUCUAAUCAAAUCUGUUUAAUUAGGAACCUACCGAGAAAUGAUAUGCCUGAUGAAAUGUCUCCACUUUCUCACUAUUUUAAAAAAUUAUUAAGUAACGCAACUGCUGAUAGCCCUUUGAUAAUAUUUUUAGACUCUUUGGACCUCUUAUCGGCGCAAGAUGGCGCCCACGAAUUGCCCUGGUUACCUACAGUUUUACCACCAAAUUGUAAGAUUGUCAUAUCAACUUUAAUUGGAAGUAUAUUAAAAAAUAUGGAAAAGAUGAUGCAAACUGAAAAAAACUAUUGUAAAAUUGAACCGUGUGGUGAAGAAUUGGCAAUGGGUAUUUUAGAAUUAUGGUUGAACCAAAGAAAAAGGACUGUUAGUGAACAGCAGUGGAAAAUUGUUAUGGAAGCAAUAUCAAAAUGUAAUCUACCUCUCUUUGUUAGGCUUGUUUACGAUGAAGUUUGCAGAUGGAAAAGCUACACUCAGCCUCGUUUCACUCAAUUAAAAUUCACAAUACACGAUUCGGUAAUGAUGCUUCUCGAUCGGAUUGAAAAUCAGCAUGGAAAGUUACUAGUAUCUCACGCUUUAGGCUAUUUAACGGCUGCUAAGAGUGGAGUUUCAGAGGCUGAACUAGAAGACUUACUAUCUCUCGAUGAAAAAGUUUUGAAUGAUGUCUAUCAGUAUCAUCUUCCACCCGUUAGGAGGAUACCUCCUCUUUUAUGGACUAGACUUAGGAGUGAUCUACCGAAUUAUUUUUCGGAGAGAGAAGCUGAUGGAGUUAAUGUAAUCGAUUGGUAUCAUCGCCAAUUUAUAGAAGCAUCUCGUGAACGCUACUUUCGUAAUGUUAACUUUUUACGUGAAGUUCAUUCCAACAUUGCCGAUUAUUUUCGAGGAAUUUGGGGUGGUGUUGAAAAACCUUACGAAUAUUCAGAACUUCAAAGGCAAAGGUUCUUUCUUACGGAAAAAAGUGGUAAAAGUGAUAGGAAAGUACCUGAACAACCCCUUUUCUUCACGGAUGAACAAGGCAAUAUUGUUAGAUAUAAUUUAAGAAAGUUGAGUGAAUUGCCUUAUCAUUUGAUAAGGUCGAACCGUAUCGAUCUUUUGUAUAAGGAGGUCCUUUUCAACUAUAAUUGGCUUCAUGCUAAGCUAAGUUCUAUGCCGUUAACUGUUAUUCUAAAUGAUUUCGAGGACGCCCUCCAAACCAAAUAUGACCGAGAGGUAAAGCUGGUAUCGGACACUUUGAGGCUAAGUGCCUCUGUCCUAUCGCGUUAUCCCGGUAUGGUGGGCCCACAAAUUGUCGGCCGUCUCCUUCCAUAUGUUAGCCAAUACGAAAAAGUUAGAAGUCUAAUUGAACAAUGCGAUACGGAUGGUAUUGAAAGAAAUGCUCUUGUACCGAUAUAUCAUUGUAUGCAUACACCCGGAGGUCCUUUGCAGUACUCCCUUGAAGGACAUCCUUUUGCUCCCUUUGGAGUUUGUAUAACCUCAGACGCCAGAUAUUUAGUAUCCGUUUCGAAUGUGUUCAUAAUAUGGGAUUUAAGUACCGGAGAUGUGUUCAGACAAAUAAAUCCAGGAUUACAAGGAAUAAUGCAAAAUUUAAAUAUUUCCCCAAAUAAUAAAUUUGCUACAAGCUAUACAAACAACAACCAAAUCAUUGUUUGUAACAUAAUCACUGGAGAGUAUAAAACAGUAGAGAAAAUCGCAGAAAAUUCAGAUUCGUUAAUCGGUUCUACUAUGAAUGACAAUCAUAUUGUUAUUUGGACUUCCAAAACCCUAUACAUGUUUUCAAUUGAUAAAACCGACGAGAUUCUCUUCAAGAGUAGCACCGACAGAAUAAAAAUUGGUAUAAUAAAUGUUAAAUUGGAUUCUUUUAGUAAUCGUUACGUAAUUUGGAAAUCUGGAGAUGAAAAUAACGAAGAUAUGAUAUUUGAAUUGCAACAAAAUCAAGAUGGCGAAGUCGACAAUGGCUUCGACUUUCAUAAUGCUAUCGCCUUAUCGAAUGAUUUUACCACCUUAUACGCUUGUAUAGAGAUAAGCGAUCACGCUGUAGCCGUCUAUAAACGCUCGAAUGGAAAAUGGGACUACGAUAAAACGUUAGCGGAGAAUAAAGUUCCGUUAUUUACUUUAUCACUUAGCGAUGAUGAAAAAUAUCUUAUCGCCUCUCAUGCCUUCGGAUUCAAGUUAUGGAAUAUGCCUCGAGACAAAUUAUUGGAUUUAAAAUUGCCCAGCGGCAUUAGAAAUAUUCCAACAAAGAAUCAAACUUCUUUGGUUCUCUUUACAAAAAAUAAUAAAUUUGCAGUUGGAGCAGUUCGAAAGAAUAUCUAUGUUUGGUCAACUAGAACUGGAGAGUUAACAAAGACUUUAGACGCCCAUUUCGGACGAAUAAUCGCUUUAGAUUGCGUACAAAAAGAAAAUAAAGUUGUUUCAGCGUCUAUAGAUAAAACUAUUAAAGUGUGGAACUUUGACAACAUUUUGGAAGACGUUCAUUCAUUAGACAGACACGAAAAGCCGAUCGAUAACGUCUCUUUGGCUCAUGACGCUUAUAUUGCUGCCUGCGUAACUAGAAAUUGCGUUGGAAUAUGGAGCUUAGAAUCUGGAAAACUUUUAAAAACUUUAUCUAAUAGUGCCCAUUCGUCAAUUGUUACUCAUGCUAGUAUAACGUCCUGCGGUAAAUAUCUGGUGAGCGCCGAGUCUGGCCAAGUUUUAAUGUGGGAUGUGGAAACCGGUACGGUAACGCAAUCCACACCCCAAAGGGAUGUUCAACAGUUGUUUUUAACUGAUGAAGACACCAAGUCAAUUAUAGUGUCUAAAGCUGGAGUUUCUAAGGCAAAAUGCAUAUGUCGUGCUAUUCCUUCGCAUGAUGUUAUUUUUGAAUUUGAGUAUAAUGUAAAAAAAUUUAAGGAUGCCGUUGUUACGUGCGACGGCUUAUUUCUUGUUGUUGUUUCCAUGGCCGCUAAAGGAGGACACGAAGUUCUAAGUGUAUUUCACGCGAAAACUGGAACAAAAAUGUAUGAUAUGCAGCCAAAAUAUCAGAAUUUUAAAGAUUUUACGCACAUCGUAGCUAUGCCUCAUGACCCUCACCAGGUGGCGUUGAUUGAUAGUGACAAGGGUAAUUUAUGGGAUAUUAAGAAAAAGAGCUUUGUUCGUUCUAUCAUGAGAUGGAAUGGAGUAUGUUCUAGCAAUGGAAAACUUGGUUUAUACGCUCCUAACCGAGGAGGUCUUGAGCUACUCGAAUUAAAGAAAGGAACAACUUCUAAAGUUUUAAUUCCAAGAAUUGCCGAGGGGGUUCAUUCGAUAUCAACACUUUUCACUUCCAAUGAUUUACACGUUGCAUAUUAUCACGCCGGCAGGAGGUCAAUCCGAGUCUUUAGGGUUAAAGAUGGCAAACAGAUCGCUGAUUAUAAAGCUCAUGCUGAAAUCAAAACUAUGGUAAGCUCGAAAGGCGGAUUGAGUCUAGUUCUAGGGGCUGUUGAUGGAGCAUUAGUAUCCUUGACGAUAGCCGAUCCUUUGACGGAGUCUAGUCGAGAACUUUUGGGUAGUCUACCAUCGAGACAAAUAAGUCAUUCGGAAACUAGAAGGAGCUCUAUUGCAGUGGCAAAACAGGCUAAUGGAACAAAAUUAGGACCAGCUGUACAAGUAACUCGAAUGGUCGCAAAAGCAAGAUUAGCCCAAAAGAGUCGUGCUUGUUUACUAUCUUGAAAAGAAAGGAGAAGAUAUUGAAAAGUACUAAUGAAUGAAAGUCUUGAUGCAUGAUAGAGAAUUAGGUAGAAUCAGUGACGCAUACAUGCAUGAAUGAGUGAGAGAAACAAGAAAAAAAAAAGAAACAACAAAAAGUUGCGCUUCCCCUUAAUUCUAUUGUCAUUUUUCUUGCAUGAAAUAUGCACAUUUUUUUAUCCACCAAACAAACCAACAACAAACAACAAACAACAGCAAAAAAUGACCUUUUCUUUUUAAAUCUUCCAAAAUUUUUAACUUAUAUAUACAGGAUAUGUUAUAUAUAUAUAUAUAUAUAUGUAUAUAUAUAUAUCUGUAUCUUAAGUUCACAUAAACAUAAAUAUAUGCAAU